AUGGGACCCAUUUUCAGGGGAGCAGCUGCUGUUUGCCUCGUGGCGCUCUCUGGGCUACAGCCGGCGGCAGGAGAUUUGGAAUUCAGCGUCGAAAAAGCUGGCGAAGAUGCAUACACCUCCGUGAACUUGGCCCGCGUUGGUCAGAUGUCUGUACGGAUUGGAGUAUUGACGGAGAACAGCACCCUGGUUGAGGGUCUAGACGCUAAAUUACAAGCGACGGCAUCUGAACCGGAGCCAGCCGCAACGUGUGAUGACGCCAUCGCAAAAUUUAAGAAGACGAAAUUUGUCGCACAGCUCACAGGCGCUGACGACGAUAACUAUCGCCAAGCGGUGCAGGAUGCUCUUACGGCUGGACUUGAAGCGCUGCCGUCGUACCCUGAAGAUGGGGGGUGGACGACGUUCUGGACGAAACCCGACGGCGCCAACCUCGCACACCUUCUUUCGUCUAACAGUACCAAAGUUGGCUGCGCCGUAGGAACAUGCACGGAAGGAGCACAAGAGUAUCGAAAUUCACCAACAACUGUCACAUUUCUUGUUUGUCAGAUGGACCCUGCAGCGGAGGUGGACAAGGCUCCUUUCGAGUAA